UUGCCAUGACUAUCAGCAGUAGAAAUAGAUUGGUGAAAAUUGGAAAUCAACUGUAUGUACAUUGGCACAGUCGCUAGCUGGUGUAAUUUUCGGAGAAUAUGCCAUUGCUACUUGUUCUUGUUGAUUUUCGUAUGUCUGCAGGCGACGACUUUGUCACCUUUUUGUUAACUUACAAAAAAGUUUUUGCAUAUGUUAUAUUUUUGUUAUGACACUUUGUAUUUGCAUUUGAUAUUGUCUCUUUUUUUUAUUCAUUUUUAGUCGGGACCCCAAGUAUAAUAGUUGAAUGUUACCGUAAAUACUAACCCGUCGAUACAGAAAAUUUUAAAAAAAUAUUCAGACUUAUGUCAUCAAUUCAGACUUAUGUCAGAAUUCAUUUUCUAAUGCAAACAAACUCUUUUUAGAAAAACAAUUUUUUUGCAUCUUAAAACAAACUCUAAAUAGUCUAAAUUGGCGACAUAAGCUUAAAUUCUUUUUUUCUUCAUACCUCGGUCGAAAGUACGCACUUUCGUCCCUAAUAGCAGGGACAAAAGUUUAACAUUUACUCCCUGUGAGAAGUACACGCGCGCCCUCUGUAACGCCGGGAGAAAAAGAAUUUCUCAUGCGCAUUUAUACUCGUAACUAGGAACUAUUUCUUCUGUCGCUACAACAAAUUGUUAACCGCUGUCAUUACUGUUGCUACCUCUAACCUUAAAAAUCAUUAUCAAUAUUGUGCUGUCGUCAGUUAAUUUAAUAUUCAAGUAUUAUUAAAGUCAAUUCAACAACCCAGCAAAAAUGAACAAUACGUCAUCUGAUGAAUCCGUAGACGAGGAAGAUGUUAUACGAAAUUUCGAUGCAGAAGCGCGAUUGAUAAUAAAUACAGAUACGUUACCAAAGAAAUCUGUCGAUCGAUACAAUCUUGUUUACGACACGUAUAAAAAGUGGCAGAUAGAACACAAAACUUUACUGUCAAACUCUGCAGAAAAUAAUUUGAUUGUGUAUUUUAAGGAACUAUCUAAAAAAUUAAAGCCGUCAACUAUAUGGAGUGUUUGGUCAAUUUUAAAAAGUACAUUAAAUACAAGAGACAAUGUUAACAUAAAUAAUUUUCUUAACUUGAAAGCUUUAGUCAAAAAUAACUCUAAAGGAUACAAACCGAAAAAGUCCUCGGUCUUGAAAUGGGAUGAAAUUUUAAAAUUUAUUAAUAAUGCACCAGACUAUGUUCACUUAGCUUCAAAGGUUAUUUUAAUCUUUGGCAUAUGUGGAGCUCUUAGAUGUGAUGAACUUACGAAACUUAAAAUUCAAGAUGUAGAAAACAACGGUAAUAAGUAUCUUGUUUCUAUUCAUGAAUCAAAAAAUGACAUGCCUCGACAAUUUAUUAUUGGAGACCUUUUUUAUAAGAAAGUUACUCAGUACAUGUCACUGAGGCCUAAAGAUCAAUUUACUGAUAGAUUUUUUAUACAGUAUCAUAAAGGGAAGUGUCAACGUCAGGUUAUUGGCAAGAAUAAAAUUGGGGAGACACCUCAAAUUAUAGCUGCAUACCUUAAUUUAGAAAAUCCAAAACAGUACACCGGUCAUUGCUUUCGUAGAACGGGUGCUACGCUUUUAUCCAACUCAGGAGCAAGCACUACCAUGCUUAAACAACUAGGUGGAUGGAAGUCACUUACAAUAGCACAAGGUUACGUCGAAAAUUCGUUAAAAAAUAGAGAAAAAAUUUAUGAACGUAUUACUAAUGCUACUGUAUCUAAUGAUCAUCUGAAUCCACAACCAUCGACUAGUAAAAAUUAUUCUAGUGGCACAAUAACUGCAAAUAAAAAUUUGAAAUCUACUGAACAAAAUGAUAAUUCCGAUGAUUUUUCUGAUGAUUUUAUAAUAAGUGAAGAUGAUCUAGUAGCAAUUGAUAAAUUAAAUCAGUUAACAACAACAAAACCUCCAAUAACCUCGGUUACAACACAGACAAAAAGAAAAGUACUAACAGAAUCUAAUAAACCAUUACCUUCAACUCAUUUUAUGUCAUUACCACCAAUUCCAUCACUCUUUGUUAAAAAACAAGAAAAUGAACCACCGUUAAAAAUGAAAAACAUUAUGAAACUAAUACUCAUACUGGUAAACUAUCAUCAGAAUGCUUAUCUACAAAUUUAAAUUUUAAUAAUCAAAUUAUGAAUUUUCAAAACUGUAUAUUUACCGAAGAUAUUAUUUCUAACUGCUCUAAUAUUAAGUUUGAAAACUGUGUUUUUUAUGGAAAUUUCAUUAAUAAUUGUGAUAAUUCAAAUGAAAAUGAAAACGAUAAAAAAAAACGCAAUAAGAGUUUUUAGGUUAUAAUAUGUUUUGUUUUAUAAAUUUUAUUAUAAUUAAUAUAAUUUGUUAAACUAAAGAAAAUAAAGACAUCUUUGAUAAAAUGGAAUUAAUUUAUUUUUAAAAGAUAUGACAGGACUUGACUCUUCGAAUGUAUUUUAUGCCUGCCCCCCCGACCA